GUUGCAUUUUGGGUAGGCGGAAAAGGCUCCAAAAGGUACGCGAUAGCGUCAAACGCACGUUGCAUAGUCGGUGAAGAGGAAAAAACAACAAAAGAAAUCAGUUUUCAAGGCAGAAUCAAGGUAACCGAAGACAGUUGAAAAAUGUCCAUCGGCGUACCGAUCAAAGUCCUGCAUGAAGCAGAGGGACACAUUGUGACUUGUGAGACCAACACAGGGGAGGUGUACAGAGGCAAGCUGAUUGAGGCUGAGGACAACAUGAACUGCCAGAUGUCCAACAUAACAGUGACUUAUCGUGAUGGCCGGGUGGCACAGUUGGAGCAAGUCUACAUCCGUGGCAGCAAGAUCCGCUUCUUGAUCUUACCUGACAUGCUAAAGAACGCUCCUAUGUUAAAGAGUAUGAAGAACAAGAAUCAGGGAUCUGGCGCAGGACGGGGCAAGGCAGCUAUUCUCAAAGCACAGGUGGCUGCGAGGGGUCGGGGCCGUGGUGGAAUGGGCAGAGGCAACAUCUUCCAGAAGAGGCGAUAAUUUUUCUGUUUGUGUUAAGAUUGUUGCGUUGUAUAGUCUUUUGUUCCUUUUUUAAUUUUGUCUCCUUUGAAUUGGAUAUCUUUGGUAUUUUUUUUUGCAAUCCUGUGCUUUGCAGUUUAGUGCUUUACUUUCAUUUUUUAUGAAAAUAAACAUAUUUCAAUUUGA